AAAUUCAAUGCUUUUAAGUUAAAGUUAAUUUAGGCACACCUACAGAAACGUAUGCCUAGCAAUUCGCCGUCGAUGGUUAUUAACGUCAAACGUUGCAGAAAAUGAAAGGUUUACUUUGUCUAUCAAGUACAACUCUGUCGUAGUAAAGGAGAAAGGCCGCUAGUUCUUCACAGACAGCUUUUGAUGUCUCGAUUAUGCGAAAACGCGUAUUGGACUUUAGCGUUAUGUCUUCACGACAGUAGUUUUCCAUCAGCUUACAUCACCUGUUACUGCAAAGUGUGUAUUUGAGUGACGAGGCUUGAGUCAUCUACUGCGGCCUGUACAUAUACCAUUGACGACUCUCUUUCGGAUCCAAAAGGCAUCAGCAACGUAUUCUGCUCUAUCGCGGUUCGAGUAUGGCUGGCUGUCAAUUUUGCAAGGCACCAUCACCAGCCUACGUUUGCCCUCGAUGUACGGCUCGAUUUUGCGGCUUAAGAUGCUACAAGUGUCAGGAACACUCCAACUGCAGCGAGGGAUUCUAUCGAGAAUGCGUUGAAGCGGAAAUGAGACAGCAAAUUCCCGAUCAGCGAAACAAGGAAAAGGUGCAAGAAGCACUUGUUCGAGAGCGGUUGACUGUAUCUGAUGAUGAUGCAUUGGAGAGCAGAUUAGCCUCAGUCGACCUCGAUAAUCCCGACGAAGUCCUGCAGGUUUUGACAAAUGAAGAGCGAAUGACUUUCGAGAAUUUAAUGAAAUCAAAUGAAAUCGGCACAUACAUUACUGUAUGGAGACCUUGGUGGACCGCAGCAAAAACACGUAUUGAAGAAGUGAAACCCUAUGCAGGACAUAAUGAGCUUGCAAAGUUCAAGCAACAACGCAGGGAAGCCCGACCGAAAAUUGGUGGACGAAAGGUGCAGAAUCUGAAUACCAGUACGACUAAUACUGAUUCUUCUAACGAUGACAAGAAAAGCAACGUUUGGGAUAACAUGAUACGUGAUUACAAAUCCAACGAUGACAGUAAAUCAAGUGGAGAUCCAUCUACGAACAAAGUGGUAUCAACUAAAGACCUCGCAGGUGGUCUUAAUGAGGAAGUUCUUGAUGAAAACAUGCCUAAUAUACUCGUUGAAAUAGUAAUGCCGGAUACUGAUGGUUCUCGGUUCGAGAAAAAGACUCGUAUAAUUGAUAGCCGCUACCGCGGCAGGAACUGCAUUGUAAGUGACGCCAUUUGCAGGGAAAAUACUGCAGAGAAACACACGGCAGUAGAGUCCGAAAUUUCAGUUAGAAAUCCUACAGAAGGGCUUCCACAAAAAUGGAAAAAAGGCGGGCACGAAGUUUACGAUGGCCGUACGACAGACAUACAGCAGUCUAUUGAGAUAGGCAAGUAUACCGGAGAUUUCAAAAGCGACGCUAGUGAAUUAACGGAUGCGACUUCUGCUAAUCAGAACAUCCUUUUAGACACGUGGAUUGAAGAUUCUUCCGGGUCGAAAGUGUUUCCUGAAUGGGAAAAUCGAGAGAAGAUUCUUGCCACAAACAUUGUAAACUUGGUGACCGCAUUUGCAUUUACCUCGAGGUUUUUCAAUGGUGACGCACUGGGCAUGGAGGUCGAUGCCGCCGUCACUCUAGAAUCGAUCUGCGCAGUGCUCAGAGGACGAAAUUUCCAAACGAUCGAUACAGCCGUUGGUGAUAUCCUCCUGCAAGAUAUUGUUAUCAGAAACGCUAAUCCUAAUGUUCUUGUGUCUGAUGUCAGUCUAAUACUCGAUACCGCCGAAUAUGUUGAACGAGCUUUGUUCGAAACACGGAAUCUAUUAAAAGCUGCACGACGCUCAUUGAAGAAGCAACCAUUGUUAACUAAAUCCAGUGAGAUUUCUUUUGAACAGCUUCGAAACAACUCGCGCAUCGACUUGACUGAUGCUUUGCUACACCAUAAAUAUUUUAAGCUUCUCAUGCUUAAAGUGGAUUUUUAUUUCGAUUGGGCAACGAAGAAUACAAUACGUUUGCGGGAAUGGACCCUACCUGUCAUUUCCCUGCAAAAGAAAAAUCGACAAUGACUUCUGUAAAAUGAAGAGUACUGCACAGGCCGAAGAAAAAUGAAUUCGUGUUUUAUUAAUACGUUGAUUUCGAACAUGCUGAAGACACUUUAGUAAUCUACUGUUAAAUUAAUGGUUUCCUGGUUAACGUGAUAACGACUCUCCUUUUUUUUUUUAUGUAAAUGUGUUAGUGUUGUGUAAAGGUAAAGCUAUGUUAAUUGUAAAUAAAUUAUAACAAUUUUGUUUGACCGUUGUUGUAGUGAAGGUUGUGUAAAUGUUCAUGGUCUUUUUGUAAUUACUGGUCGUCUAUUUUAAGAAUGAUACAACACAUUUAACCUGUGAGUGCAAACCGGCGAGUGGUAGAUAAAGGUUGGACAAGGUAAGAAAAUGGUCUGUCUUCAAUGCCAAUCCGUCCCAUUAAUUCUUCGACUUGUUCCAAUGUGUGUGUGAUUUUUGUGUUAUGGUAUGUUAUUAUGUUAACAUAGAUAAAUGCUCACAGGACGAAACGAGUAAAAACAAUUGAUGCUAUUGGCCAGUUUUGUGGAAAGUAGUUGUUUUCACCCAAGAUAAUAGUAGCAAUAUUUGAGUUGUUAUCGGCACGAUGGCUACUUUGCUUGUCGAUCACCCAUAAUUUAUAUUUAACAAAUUGUAGCAUUUGAUAUUUUUUAGCCAUAACAGUUAAACAUUAAAUGAGUGAAAUAUCGUCGUUAUGCAAUGCGUUUCGACAAACCGGCUCAGCGCGUUUCCCUAAUGUUAUUUGGUUGAAUGAACAACUUUGGACGAUUCGUGUUUUCUAAGAUCUUUCGUGCUACCAUAAAUGAGUUAGAAUUUUACCAAUUACUAGGUGAUUAAUACUUUAGGAUACACUGUUAUUAGCCUGAAUUCUGAGGUUUUUACAUUGACCUAGGUAUAAGCUGCUCUUGCUGGUUCCACAUUCUUAAAUUUGUACAAGUACUGCAAGAUAAAAUGUACAGACAAAACGGGACUGCGAUAUUUCGUUUUCUCUUGUUUGAUUUUUUUAAGCUUAUUAUUAUGAGGUUGAUUUGCUAGUAAUUGUAACGUUUGUUGUUGUUGUUGUUUAGAAUAAGUAACCAACCUUAGCGAGAUACGGUUUCCGCAGCUUUAACUGCAAAACGGCACUGAAUUACACAUUACACAUGCAUUCGAGUUACGUAGAAGCAGAGUUUUCUAGGAAAGAAACCUAAAAACUACUUCUUAAAAGCCAAUUAGCUAGUUUCACAUGUUAACUGGGGUUCACAAACGAGUGCCUGAAGUUCACACUUACAACAUCUAUGGCAAUAUAUACUACUGGCGCAUUGUUGCUAGACAUUCUGUCCGCGGCUUUUAUCAUGGAUUCUCUAGAUAGACGGCGAAUGUUCGCUGUAAGUACCCCAGUCGGAGGUGCAUGUCAGCUACCCAAUUGAGAAAACAUCUCGUUAUCUUGUUGUUCCUAUUUUCUACUGUUUACUGCAACAUUCUGCACGAUAGGUUUGAUAAACAUACGAUUCGUAUUAAACUACUGGUGGCAGCCAGACAGUUAUUUAGGAGAUGUUCCUUAGUUGUGCUUUUAGUGAGGUCCGGGGGUGUAUGUUUCCGUUAUUCUCGGAAAGCUCGGUUUUUAAAUACUCCACGCUAUACACAAUAAGUAUGAUGGCUGAGAGCUAUGAUUGUACGAGAUGUGUGUUGAGAAGAAAAAGAUUUCAUGUGGCUUCGUAUAUUAAUUCAUAUCGCGAGGGAAGAAUUGGUCGAUAAGGGCAUAGAGAUGACGCACAGAGGCUUAGCAUCAUUAAGUCUCGUUAAUUUCAUCACUUAGCGGUUGAAGGUUACCUGAGAUAACUAUUACUCCAUAGUAGUAGUUCUCCGUAUCUUUAUUAAACUAAGGGUCGGUGUCUAUUUACUGCUCUUUGAUGUCUGAUUUGUUCCCUGCAGAGACUACUCUAUCGAAUUAUCAUUCACAGACAUUUUAUGCGCUUGCAGCAUACGUAUAUGACACGAGUGAAAUGUUUUUUGAGAUUCCAUAAUCACCCCCAGAAUUAGAGAAGGAUUAGUGAUGACUCCAAAAAAAUACGCGAUCUUAAACCACCCCGACCCAUUAAUUUUGGAUUAAUCAAACUGAACUGGUGUAAGCAGUCAGGCUACCGGGCACAACUGGAAUUCCAAUAUAAUCCCGGCAAUGACGAUUUCCAAUAACUCUGCUUUUUGUGCUAAAUCUUUAAAUCUGUCCUAUUGUGGGACAAAAAUCGCUACAAUAUUUUUCCGUCUCUUUAACCGCGAACUUUUAAAAUACAAUAGCACGCCAUUUCGUGUCCCUCUAAACACUUUCCCAGAAAAUAAUAAAUUUAUUCACGUGUUAUUCAAGAAGAGGAAUUGUAAAGUAUAAACGUUACACCGUCAGCACAUUAGCAAAGCUAUUUUAGGUUUGAGCCUUUGCCAUUAAUAGGCAUUUCUUUCCUUAAAUCUUUAUACAGGCGAUUCAAUAAUCCUAUUCAGCUAAUACUUUAUAGGUUUUUUUUAACAAUAACAUCUCUAGCUGAUAUGCUCAUAUAUCAAAAUUGUAGGCUUCUUUGUGUCUACAUUAUUUUUUGUGUCAGAUGCUAGACAGUUCCACUGGAUGACGACGGAGCUUAAGCACAAUCGAAUCGCGUAGUCUUGUUUCACGUGUGCCUCUCUUAGGUACUUAAAAGACAGGACAUUUGGACCAAUCCCAUAAUAUUCUUCACUAAUAUAAGUAAGACAACGUACCUUGCAAAGUUUAAAUAUGAGAGUUUUUUUUCAUUUGCGCUCUACUAAGGCGCCGAACGUUCUCAAAAUUUAAUCGGUUAGAUUUGUAGUUUCUUAGGGGAACUGUUGAAGACUGGGAGUGCGAUGUAAUAGGAAUAAACUGUUACAU